AUGUGGGCCCACAAUGAGUCGGCCCCGCUCAACUUCACCCUGCCACCCAACUUCGGCAAGCGCCCCACCGACCUGGUGCUGAGUGUCAUCCUGGUGCUCAUGCUGCUCACUGUCAUGCUCUCACUGGGCUGCACCAUGGAGUUCAGCAAGAUCAAGGCUCACUUCUGGAAGCCGAAGGGGCUGGCCAUCGCCCUGGUGGCACAGUACGGCAUCAUGCCCCUCACUGCCUUUGCACUGGGCAAGGUCUUCCGGCUGACCAACGUCGAGGCACUGGCCAUCCUCGUCUGCGGCUGCUCCCCUGGGGGAAACCUGUCCAAUAUCUUCAGUCUGGCCAUGAAGGGGGACAUGAACCUCAGCAUCGUGAUGACCACCUGCUCCACCUUCUUUGCCCUGGGCAUGAUGCCUCUCCUCUUAUACGUCUACUCCAGGGGGAUCUAUGAGGGGGACCUGAAGGACAAGGUGCCCUAUGGAGGCAUCAUGAUAUCCCUGAUCCUGGUUCUCAUUCCUUGCACCAUAGGGAUCGUCCUCAAAUCCAAACGGCCACAAUAUGUACCCUACCUCAUCAAGGGAGGGACAAUCACCGUCGUCUUGUGUUCUGUGGCCAUCACAGUCCUCUCCGCCAUCAAUGUGGGCAAAAGCAUCAUGUUUGUCAUGACACCGCACUUGCUGGCCACCUCCUCCCUGAUGCCUUUUAUCGGCUUCCUGCUGGGCUACAUUCUCUCCUUUCUCUUUCGCCUUAACGGACGGUGCAGACGCACUGUCAGCAUGGAGACUGGAUGCCAAAAUGUUCAACUCUGUUCCACCAUCCUCAACGUGACCUUUCCCCCUGAAGUCAUUGGACCACUUUUCUUCUUUCCUCUCCUCUAUAUGAUCUUCCAGCUUGUAGAAGGGCUCCUCAUCAUCGCCAUCUUUCGGUGCUAUGAGAAAAUCAAGCUCCAAAAGGGUGAAUAUUGA